CCCGCGCCCCGCAGCCCCGCAGCCCCGCGGCGCCAUGGACCCGGCGCAGGCCGAGCAGGCCGGCGAGCAGGUGGCGGAGAAGCUGCUCUGGUACCGGCGGGACCCGGCGGGCUGGAAGACCUGCCGGGAAGGCAAUGCAGUGACAGUGUCCUGGAGGCCAUCUGUGGAGUUCCCAGGGCACCUGUACCGAGGAGAGGGGGUUCUGUCCGGGUCACCGCAGCAGGUGUGGCAGUGCCUGAAGCCCGGCGAGGGGGGCCUGCGGGAGAAGUGGGAUGAGAACGUGAGCAGCGUUGAAAUUAUCCAGAGCUUCUCAGAUGCACUCAACAUAACCAGAACCACAACGCCUUCUGCUGCCAUGAAGCUCAUUUCUCCCAGGGACUUUGUGGAUGUGGUGUUAGUCAAGAAGUACGAGGAUGGGACCAUCGGCACCAAUGCCACACACAUCGAGCACCCGCUGUGCCCCCCGAAGCCAGGCUUUGUGAGAGGAUUUAACCAUCCUUGCGGCUGCUUUAUCGAGCCUGUGCCAGGGGAGCCCGACAAGACCAACCUGGUCUCCUUCUUCCAGUCCGACCUAAGCGGCUUCCUCCCACAGAGCGUGGUGGAUGCCUUCUUCCCACGCAGCAUGGCUGAGUUUUACCCCAACCUUCAGAAAGCGGUGAAGAAAUUCUGUAGCUGACCCUCUACUGCCGGCCUGGAGCGCCCGGAGCUGCCCGGCCUCCUCGGAGCACAGCCGGCCACCGCCACUGCCACUCAGGGCUUGCCCAGAAAUGGGGACGGCAGCCAGGUGGACCAGGCUCCAGCCAUCCCAGACUGACGGCGCGCGGGCACCGUGGGAGACGCUGUCCCCGCGACCAUGUCCCCUGUUCUCAUCACCUGGAGCACUGCACACCUGCUGCGUUCUUCUGACAGACCCUCCCCCACGCCCCAUCCAUGGCUUCUAUACCGCCUAAGACUCGGGCCCACAAUUUGGAGAAAUGAGAGUUUAAACCAUCAGAUAAGAACAAGAAAAAGCCAGGCCGGGCGCCAGUGGCUCACAGCUGUCAUCCUAGCUACUCAGGAGACUGAGAUCUGAGGGUCACAGUCCAAAG